AUGGGCAACACCAGCUUCACCGAGGGGAAGACGGCCCUUUCCCUGGGCAACACCACCAUAAAGAGGGGGAAGAGCAAGAUCGCCCUGGGGAACUCCUCAAUCUCCAGAGGCAAGAAAACGACAUCCCUGGGCUCCUCCACCAUCACCAGUGGGAAGACCAAGAUCGCCCUGGGCAGUGCCUCCUUCAGCAGAGGCACCACCACCACCUCGUUUCGGAAAGCCUUCUUUCCCAAGCGCAAGACGCUCUAG